AUGUCUAUCAUCGACACUACCAAAGACUUAUCGGCACUCUUCACACAGCAGGUCAAAGCCACACCUGAUGCCAUUGCGCUCGAAGACGAGAAGAACACAUACACCUACCAGCAACUUCACGACAAGGUUGCCGAGCUUGCUCUCCAGCUCCGGAGUCAUGGUGUGGGCCGUGACAGCUUAGUCGGUGUAUUACUACCGCGUUCUGCCGACUAUGUGAUCGCAUGUCUGGCCGCGCUACGUGCAGGUGGAGCUUUCUUGGUACUAGAGUUGGCCUACCCGCCGGAUCUGCUCGCGGACGUACUGGAAGACGCACGGCCGACAGCAGUGGUUACCAUCAGCGCAGAGGUUGGAAAGAUUGCGGCAGGCACAACACUCGUCGUACUGGACGAGCAAGGUUUCAAAUCGAAUGGCCACGUCGAUGAGUCUGAGCUGCCACCCCUACCGGAGGAGACAGAUCUAGAAAGGCUAUGUUUCGUUGCCUAUUCCAGUGGUACGACUGGCAAGCCCAAGGGCAUUGCAAACCCGCACAAGGCAGCUGUGCUUUCAUACAACCUCAGAUUCGGCUUCUCAGAUAUUCAACCUGGAGAGAGAGUAGCGUGUAACGUGUUCUUUGUCUGGGAAAUCAUCCGGCCGCUGCUGCGAGGCGCGACAGUCAUCGCUGUACCUGAUGAGGCCAGCUACGAUCCCCGAAUGCUCGUCGAUCUCCUUAGUUCCAAGAAGGUCACCGAGACACUUUUCACGCCAACCCUCUUUGCUGCUGUAUUGGCCCGUCACCAAGCGCUGGAGACACGCCUUCCAAACCUGAAGACAGUUUGGCUCAAUGGCGAGGUAGUAACUACUGAUCUCGCCAGGCGAGGCAUUGCAGCUCUGCCAAACACCCGAAUUCUCAACGUCUACAGUGCAUGCGAAACGCAUGAGAUUGCUUGCGGCGACAUUAAGGAAAUGCUUGGCCAAAUUGAGGACACUCCAUACUGCCCAGUCGGCCCGCCUAUCAUCGACAGGAAGUAUGUCUACAUCCUCAACGAAAGCGGCCAGAAAGUGGAUGAAGGAGAGAACGGUGAACUCUUCAUUGGUGGCCACUUGCUCGCACGUGGAUACUUGAACCUCCCAGAAGUCACUGCCAAAGCUUUCACACCGAAUCCUUUCAGCUCACAGAAGGGCGCACGGAUGUAUAGGACAGGCGACAAGGCCAGGAUACUACCAAGUGGACUACUUGAGAUCACCGGACGUGUUGGCGCAAUGAUCAAGAUCCGCGGAUACUCGGUCGUUCCUGGCAAAGUCGAGAGCGAAAUCCGCAAUCACCUGGCUGUCAGCCAUUGCGCUGUCAUUGCUCACGGUGAUGGAAUCGAUCGACAGUUGGUUGCGUACAUCGUUCGCGACAAAGAGUCGUCUGAAGAGCGUCCUGUUGUCGAAAUUGACAAGGCAGGACGCAGCUCUACUGCUCGUCGUAUGUUACAAGCUUAUCUUGCCCACUACAUGUUACCUGCUCUAUGGGUUGAGCUGGAGACCUUACCAACAAAUGAUGUCUCGGGCAAAGUGAACGUCAAGGCCCUACCUCCACCAAGAUCGAGCUCGCCAACCGGAAGUGCUCGCAAAUACGAGCAGAGUCCGAUUGAUAUCGAGCAAAUCACCACCAUCUGGGCUUCUAUUCUGGGCAUCAGUGCUAGCUCUAUCACACCAGAGUACAACUUUUUCGAUCUCGGUGGCCACUCACUUUUGCUCGCUGAUCUCGCAGCACGCUUAUCAAACACCUUCGGCUUCCGAGUACCAGUCGCACGUCUUGCUACACCUGCGACUUUGAACGGUCACCUUGAUACUGUGAGGAAGAUCCGGGAUGGUCAUACAGCGGAAGUACAGGAGAACCUACCAGCUGUUCUGCGUGCUGAUUCUGUCUUGGACAAGGACAUUCAGCCCAAGGAUGCCAAGUUUGUCGCACUAAAGGAUGCCAAAACGGUGCUUCUCACUGGUGUCACCGGUUUCCUGGGUGCCUUUCUUCUCAGAGAUCUUCUCGAGCACACAUCCGCCACCAUCAUCUGUAUGGUUCGAUUUGCAGACGCUUCGCAGGAUGAUGUUCCGGCCGCCAUAGCAAGGAUCCGUAGCAAUCUCCUCGAUUUCGGCCUCUGGAGCGACUCGAUCAUGGAGCGCGUAGAGAUUCUGCCAGGAAACCUGUCAAGGAAGCGAUUUGGCCUUCCGCCAGAUACUUUCCAGAAGCUCGCCGACAGACUCGAUGUCAUCAUCCACGCUGCCGCUACCGUCAACUUGGUAUACCCAUAUGCGGCGUUGCAGAAGCCUAACGUUGGCGGUACGAGGGAGAUCCUCCGUCUAGCGAGCGCGGGAGGCGUUACAGUUCAGUAUGUCUCUACAAACGGUGUACUUCCUCCAGCGAAGGGUCGCGAAGGAUGGCCAGAGGACAGCAUGCUCGGUGUAGAAGAUGUUCCUACCAAGCUUGCAGACGGGUACGGUCAGACCAAGUGGGUCGCUGAGCAGCUUGCCCUUGAAGCACAGAAACGCGGCCUGCCCUUGAAGAUCCAUCGCCUUGGUACUAUCAGUGGACACAGCGAGACUGGUGCAGCCAACGCGUGGGAUUUGUUGACAGCUCUUAUCGUCGAAUCGAUCAGGAUCGGUCACUACCCAGACGUCAAGGGCUGGCGCGCCGAGAUGACCCCGGUCGACUUCGUCAGCAAGGCUAUCCUCCACCUCAGUGAUCAAAUCGAGACUGCUCAGACCAUCUUCCACAUUGGCGACCCAGAUCCUGUCGACAUUAGCCAGGUCUUUGAAGAAGUGGAAAAGCUCGGAUACCCUACCAAGCCCCUGGCUUUCGAGAAUUGGGUCGCUCUAUGGGACGAGAAGCGUGGAUCCGCCAAGGGUGGUGUCGGUGCCUUCACUGUUGAUAUUCUUCGCAGUGGUAUGCCAAGUAUCGAGUUCUUGCGAGAUGUUGUCGUGCUCGACAACGCACAGACACGACCACUGCGUUCGGCCAUCGAGCGCCCGAAGGUCGACCAGGCACUCCUCGAGACUUACACUCGACACUGGUACGCACGAGGUUGGUUAUCACAGCCGCCUCAAGCUCAGGGCGCAGUGGGCGGCUCAGCCAGAACUCUUCCACGUCGGGGACCGCUUUACGGCAAGGUCGCCAUCGUUAUGGGCGCCUCUUCAGGAAUUGGUGCCGCCACCGCUGCAGCACUCACACGAGAGGGUUGCCACGUAGCUCUCGCAGCAAGACGCAUUGAUGCUCUUGAGAGUCUUAAGAAGCGCCUCACCAUUCGCGAGGGCAAGAUCAUUACCCAGAAGACCGACGUUACCGACAAAGCUCAGGUCGAAGCACUCGUAGCUGCCGCAGAAAAGCAGCUCGGUCCCGUCGAUAUCUUCGUCAACGUCUCGGGUGUCAUGUACUUCACCAUGAUGGCAAACGCACUGACAGACCAAUGGAACCAGACCGUCGACGUUAACUGCAAGGGUAUCUGCAAUACCAUCGCCGCCGUCGUCCCCUCGAUGCUCAAGCGUGGGAAGGGCCAUUUCGUAGCCAUCUCGUCCGAUGCCGGCCGCAAGGUGUUCCCCGGCCUGGGCGUCUACUCCGCCAGCAAGUUCUUUGUCGAGGCGACCCUGCAGGCUCUGCGAGUCGAAACCGCAGGCACAGGCCUGCGCGUUACGUCCAUCCAGCCUGGUAACGUGGCAACUGACCUGCUAGGCAUGAGUACGGAUAAGGAGGCGCUGCAGAAGUACGGCGAGCCGAGCGGAGCAAAGGUGCUGGAUCCGGAGGAUGUUGCGGGUAGUAUCGUGUAUGCGCUGAAGCAGCCGGAGCACGUCGCUGUUAACGAGGUUAUGAUUGAGCCGAGGGACGAGCCAAUCUAG